AUGGAGAAGAAGAGCGCGCACACGUCGCUGAGCACGCUCGUCUCCAACCUCCCGGACGGGUGCCACUUCGGCCUGCUUCCCAAAGCCUCGAGCCGGGACGGCGACGGCGACGACUAUGAAGACGCACAGCGCGUCAUCUGGGUCGAGUUCCCGCCCAACUCACCCAACAACCCCUUCUACUUCCACCGCGCGCGCAAGGCGGGCAUCACGUUCGUGGCGAUAUUCUUCACGCUCAUGGCUGCUUACUCGUCCUCGGCAUUCCCGAUCUCGGCACCAAGUAUGCAAGCCGAGCUGGGAACGAGCGAGCAGAACAUCUCGGCUGGCGUCGCGCUGUAUGCGUUCGGAUUCGGGCUGUUCCCGCUCUUCCUUGCGCCCAUCAGCGAGGAGUUCGGGCGCAAGUGGACGUACAUCUUCAGCGUGUUCUGCUUUUGCAUCUUUCACCUGAUGGGGGCUUUGGGCAAGAACACCGCCACUGUCCUCAUCGGCCGCUUCCUCCUCGGCGGGGCAGGGAGCAUGGGCGCAACCCUCGUCGGGGGCACGAUCAGCGACAUAUUCAUCCCGUCGCAGCGCGGCGUGCCCAUGGCCAUGUUCAGCUUCUGCGCCGUGUUCGGCACCGGCUUGGGCGCGAACACAAUGGUGUUCGCUGAAAUCCACCUCGGCUGGCGUUGGGUAUGGUGGAUCCAGAUGAUCGUCAUCGGCUCCCUCUUCCCCCUCAUGUUUCUGUUCAUGAAGGAGACGCGCGCGUCCGUGCUCCUUACGCGGCGCGCGCGCGCCUUGCGCGCCGAGCGCGGCCUGCAAGACGGCGCGCCGUACAUGUCGCGCGCCGAGACGGAGAAGGAGGCAUUCUUUACGGCGAUGCUGCACUCGUGCUCGCGCCCGCUCGUCUUCCUGGCGCGCGAGCCCACCGUCAUGUUCUUCAGUGCGUGGAUCGCGCUCGGGUGGGGCGUGUUCUACACCCAGAUCGCCGGCAUCCCCUACAUCUACCGCAACGUGUACGACUUUGGCCCCGUCGCCGUCGGCAUGGUGUACUGGGCCAUCUGCCUCGGCGCGAUCCUCGGCAUGGUGAUGAACAUGUGGACGGAGAAGAUGUACCGGCGGCACGCGGCGCAGCGGGGCGUCGAGGCGCGCCUGUACGGCGCCAUGGUCGGCGGCGUGCUCUUCGCCGCGGGCUGCUUCAUCUGCGGCUUCACAUGCCUCCCCUCGGUGCACUGGAUCGCGCCGUGCAUCGGCGUCGUCCUCAUCCUCACCGCGGUCAUGGGCAUCUACAUCACGGCGUUCACGUACCUCGCCGAAUGCUACGGCAUCUACGCGAGCUCGGCGAUCGCCGCACAGAGCUUCUGCCGCAACAUGAGCGGCGGCGCGUUCAGCUUCAUCACAAAACCCAUGUUCGCAAAGCUCACGGUGCGCUGGUCGCUCGUGCUCUGCGGCGGGCUGGCUGCGCUCCUCGCUCUCGUCCCGUUCGUCGCGUUCGUCUGGGGACCCGCGAUCCGCGCGCGCUCGCCCUACUCCCGCCAACUUAUGGCUAUGGAGCGCGAGCGGCAGGCCAACGAGAAGGCCGAGCGGGAAGCGAGGGGAAUGGACACUGCCGGCGUGGAAGACCCGGAAGGCGACGCGAACGAGGAGACAAUCGAGCGUGCCACGAGUCGGCAGUCACACCACUCGCACCGGUCACACCGCUCGUUCCGCAGUCAUCGGUCGGUCCGGGAAGAACAAGAGAAGGUCUAG